AUGGAUACAAGUGAAAAUGUUCCUUUACCUCCAUCAAUACCAUACAAUAUGAUUCGUCGUAUGAAUCUAUCUAAAAAUAACUCAGAAUCAUCAUUAUCCUAUCCGCCGAAUAUUCUUCGUUGCGAUAUAAAUCUUGAAGAUUUUACUGUCAUUUGGGUUGAUUUUUUAAUAAAUAAAUCCGAUGAAUGUUUGGAAACAUUAAAACAUUUUCGAACAGUUAUCAAUUAUAUAAAAACAUUUGAUAAUAUUAAUGAAUGUGUGGAUUAUAUUAUUGAAUGUUCUACAGAAAAAUUAUUUCUAAUAACAUCAGGCUUAUUUAGUUUGGAUAUUGUACCGAAAAUUCAUUCUCUAUCACAAAUUGAAUAUAUCUACAUAUUUUGUUUCAAUGAAAAUAAAUAUCAACAAUUGACAAUAAAUUAUAAUAAAAUACAUGGAAUUUUUAUAGAUAGAAAUAAUCUAAUUAACAAAUUAAAAGAAGAUAUUAUUAAAUCAACUAGAAAUUAA